AUGGCGGUUGUGACCAGGUCCUAUCAGUCAGUGCUCAGGACCAUGCUCAAGGAAAUGGCAGCUCGCGAUGAACCGGAGGAGGAUAUUAACAUUCCCCUGACUGGUCACCUGGAGAGUGAGACCAGAAGGAAACUGGGAAUUCUGCUGAAGAAAAAUUUUGGAAAAUAUAAGGAAACAAUCCUCUGGAUUAUGAAGAAACGUGAAAGUAAGAACCCUCUCCCACCUUCCACCCCCGUUGCCCGGCUCUCCUGGGUACAUCAAGGUGAUGGAAAAAUCAUUCUCUACCCCAGUGAGACUGUCUUCCAAAUUCUCUUUCCCGAUGGAUCAGGCCAGAUAUAUUAUCCAUCAGGACACCUGGCUAUGCUCAUCCUCAGUAUAAAAGAGGGAAAGUUCACAUACAUCAUUCUGGAAGACAGUGAAAAUAUGUGUGUCCGGGCCCUUAUCAACAACUCUGGCCAUGCCACCUUCUAUGAUGAAAAUGGAAACAUCUGGUUGAACCUGAGCCAAAACCUGGGAUACUACUUCGCCAGAGACAAGUACCAGAAGGCCUGGAACUGGUGGGAUCUGAACCUCCACAUCCAUGCACCCCCCGUCCAGCCCAUCUCCUUGAAAAUCAACCAGUACAUCAAGGUACAAAUAAGGAGCCAGGAUAAGAUCAUCUUCCACUUCACCCACAAAAAGAAGCACAUUUGCUUAAACCUAGGCACCAAGUACAAGUACAUGACCCCGGCGGUGCUGAGCAAAAUGAAGAAGAAAGCAGUCCUGGAGAUGGAAUUCAGUUCAACGGCUCGGAAGAUCCAGAUCCUUCUGGGAAAAAUGAGUAAGAUCCUGAAUAUACUGACCAUCUCUGAUCUGGAAUGCUUCAUACAGGGCAUCAAGAUCUUGCCAACAAGACAAUAUGAGUUGGAGGAGGAACUCCCAUCUUCCAAGCUGGGGCAGUCACCAAAUUGUGCUGCUUUGGCACGUGCUGAAUGUUUCGGGGAGGUGGAGGUGUCCGAAGCCCCGAGGAAACCCCCAAAGCCCUAG